AUGGUCAAGGCAGCUGUUCUCGGAGCCUCUGGUGGCAUUGGCCAGCCUCUAUCUCUUCUGUUGAAGGCAUGCCCUUUGGUUGAUGAGCUUGCUCUCUACGACGUCGUCAACACUCCCGGUGUCGCUGCGGAUCUGUCUCACAUCUCUUCCAUUGCUAAAAUCUCCGGCUACCUUCCCAAAGAUGAUGGCCUGAAGAAUGCAUUGACUGGUACUGAUAUCGUCGUCAUUCCUGCUGGAAUCCCUCGCAAGCCUGGAAUGAGUCGUGAUGAUCUUUUCAAGGUGAAUGCCGGCAUUGUCCGCGACUUGGUGACGGGAAUCGCACAGUACUGCCCUAAGGCUUUUGUACUCAUCAUCUCGAAUCCUGUAAACUCCACCGUCCCAAUCGCCGCUGAGGUGCUCAAGAAACAGGGUGUCUUCGACCCCAAACGCCUCUUUGGUGUCACCACUCUGGAUGUUGUCCGUGCCGAGACCUUCACUCAAGAAUAUUCCGGCCAGAAGGACCCAGCCAAGGUCCAAAUCCCGGUUGUUGGCGGGCACUCUGGCGAGACAAUCGUCCCCCUCUUUAGCAAGGCUUCCCCAGCCUUGAAUAUUCCUGCAGACAAGUAUGACGCUCUUGUGAACCGGGUCCAGUUUGGCGGAGAUGAGGUAGUCAAGGCUAAAGAUGGCGCCGGCUCCGCCACCUUGUCCAUGGCUUAUGCUGGAUUCAGAUUCGCCGAAAGUGUUAUUAAGGCUUUGCAGGGCCAGUCAGGCAUUGUCGAACCCACUUUCAUUUACUUGCCAGGCGUCACUGGUGGUGAGGAAAUCGCUAAGGAGACCGGUGUUGAGUUCUUCUCGACCCUUGUCGAACUCGGACCUAAUGGCGCGGAGAAAGCCAUCAACGUUCUCCAGGGCGUUACCGAGCAGGAAAAGAAGCUCCUUGAGGCUUGCACCAAGGGCCUUAAGGGCAACAUCGAAAAGGGCAUCGAAUUCGUCAAGAAUACCCCACCAAAGUAA